GGUGUUCGAUUCAAGACAAACGCGGAAACUUGACAUCACGGAUGAUACGCACUUUUGUUUGUUGACCUUUUCUUAUGUCGUGUUCCAGAGAUAUAGUCGGCAUACUCUUCAGUUUGUUUUAAGAUUUAGCUGUUCUUUAUGUUGGUGUUUGUUUUAAUUUUUACAUGGUACACGAAGAGUUGAGCGCUCGUCUGAACGAUGGCGGGUAUAAGAACUGGCUGAAAGCGGGGUACUGCCUCCUCAAACUGCGGGAGGGGUUGCACCCUUUCACCGAUACUGAGAUGAGAUCCUUCCACGGAAAUCUAGUCACUGGGAACCCAGGUCUGCGGCGGCCGUGUCGGAGCGGGUGCAGAUCCAAAGGGAAUCAGCUGUACUCUGUGUGUGUGGUGUGCACAGAGUGGAGGACCGUGAUCCUGAGGCACCACACAAACCCCAGGGGGAUGGUGAACUGGGGGAAUUGCAGACCCCCACUCUGGAACCAGGACCACUGGGAACUGGCCAAGGCCUACAUGCCGCGGGGUCAAGCUGGGGUUAAGGGGGCGGAGCUGUGUGACGUGUCCGCACUGCUCAACCUCCUCAACUUCUGCUCCCACUUCAACUACGUAGACCAGCACUGUGUCAGAGAGGUUAUCAGGUGUAGGAACGAGCUGAUGCACUCCUGUGAGAUGCGAGUGUGUGACCAGUGGAUGAGGCACUACCAGGUCAGCAUACAGCAGCUCCUACAGCAAUUCACACACCUACCAGAAGUGGCAGCAGCCGGACAACAGAUACUAGAGAAAUGCUGUGUGUGUGUUUCUGUCCAGAUGCUGGCUGUUGAUUUGUCGGUGUUAGUUCCUGGUGUGGACCGAGUGGACGGUUCCGUGUCGGAGGGGUUGGAGCCUGAGUCUAUCAGCCAAUGGGAAACAGACUUGCUGAGAGAGAGGCUGCAGGAGCUGCUUACUGACACAGACACACAGGACACUGAGGAGUUGCUGAGACUGAGGGAUUUCCUCCUGGCCAACAGAGACUUGAGUGACCAGUUCUCCUCUGAACUCCAGACCAUCACAUCAAUGGAGACACAGAUGAGAAGGGGGGGAGGGAAUGAAGUGGAGACACCUGAGUAACCAGUUAACCUACUAACUCAUCAGAGAAGAGGGGAGCAAAGGUGAGGACUGAACCAGAAGAGAUAGAUGACUCAAGUGCCCAAAAGCCAGCUUUAGCAUGGUCAGCGCCAUUGAGGACUUUCACAAUUUUUAAGUAGUCAACUGGGUGGGACUUCCUAUAGGUUAAGGAAGGAUCACAUGAUUCCAUUUGUGUCAUCAGGAGAGAUCAGCUAAUGCAUUAUACUAGUGAGCAAACAUUCCAUAACUGCAGGUGGCAUUAAAUCAGCAACCUUGGCCUUGUACCUGUUUAAACAAUUCACUACAGUAGGGCUGGGCUAUAUGGCCAAAAUAUCAUAUCACUGUAUUUAAUGGUUUGAGUAAUAAAUGUUCUGAAUUUGUUUUGAGUAGUGUGUGACCCUAGGGUGGCAACACAUAUACAUUCUAAUUGAUUUCAAUGGGUCUUUCUCUGUUCUGAUUGUUUUAUACUGUUAAAUUCAACUUCAAGACAAAAUAAUUUUCAUAAAUGUUCUGCACUCAUUUGAGAUCAUUUCCACACUGCCACGUAGCUCUGCACGAUAUUGGCAAAAAAUGUAGGCUUUAAAAAUAUUUUUACCAAAUGUUGUAAUUUGACUUGCGAUUUAGAUCAGAACACUUGGGUGAACUGAUGGAAUCAUGGAAAUAUAAUUAUCAUAAUUCUAUAGUUAGAAUACAAGAGUGGACACUUUGAAUACAGUGUUUGACAUGAAAAUGCCAGGGAGGAGUUAUUGUGACAGGGUAGCAACCAGUGUUGGUCAGCGUUUCCUACGGGAUCCUAUAAUCUUUGGCUACAUUAAAUGUUUUCUUCAUGUAGCGAACAAAUUCA